GGGUAAACGUCAAUGUGGAAAUAAACGUCAAAGAGUAGAGUGGAAUUAUCAAAAACUUUCGCCUCCAAUUACUAAAUAAAUUAUUAUAUUCAAACGCCGUUUAAAAACAAACGAAACUACGGAAUAAAAAAUGAAUGCGAAACACUUGAGUAAGGACUCUACGCCACCACCUCUCGUGCCUGGAAAAUUGCGUUUGUACACCAUGAGAUUUUGUCCUUAUGCUCAAAGAAUUCAUCUUGUCCUUGAUGCAAAAAAGAUCCCGUACGAUGUCGUAAACAUAAAUCUUACAGAGAAGCCUGAAUGGUUAUUGGAAAAGAGUCCAUUGGGCAAAGUGCCUUGUUUGGAGUUUGAAAAUGGAGAAACCUUAUAUGAGAGUUUGAUUAUCGCAGAUUAUUUAGAUGAAGUUUAUCCGCAAAAUCACCUUUAUCCAAAAAAUCCGCUGGCCAAAGCGAAAGACAAACUCUUAAUCGAGAGAUUUAACUCAGUUACCACAACCAUAUAUCAGCUGUUCGCAGGGAACACAGACCAGAAAGAGUUAUUCGAAGAAGCUUUAAACGAAUUGGAAUUUUUCGAAAAAGAGCUUGCGAAAAGAGCAAAGCCAUUUUUUAAUGGAAGCCAACCUGGCAUGUUAGAUUUAAUGAUCUGGCCAUGGUGCGAAAGAGCAGAUGUAAUAAAAUUCCUCCGCGGAGAGCAAUAUGUUCUACCAAAGGAAAGAUUUUUACGAUUAUUGGAGUGGAGAUCAGCUAUGAAAGAAGAUCCAGCAGUGCAACCCAGUUAUCUCGACCCUGAGGUACACACUAAAUACCUUCGAAGUCGUUACGCAGGAUAUCCUCAGUAUGAUUUACUCUGCACUGCUUUAAACGAAGGAAUAAUACACUAAUAUUGUACUACAUUAAGAACUUACGUGCAUCCAAAGUGUUCUUAAAAUUCACAUUAUAUGUAGAAAAAACACAUUCUUUGCUAUUUUAUACAUCACCUUUAUAUCAGUGUUAUUAUAUUACAUUAUUAUAAUUUUUAUUUCAAUGUUAAAGAACCGGUCAAAUAGUAUAGCACUUAGUUAUAUUAAAUUCGAUAUGCCUCAUUGACACUUGCAGAGAUAUAUUAAUAUAGUAACAUUAUAGUCUGUUCGAAGAAUAUCGCCAAAUAAGUUGGAAAUCUAUGUUAUGAUAAUGAAAUAAAAAAUGUAAUACCUUU